GUGACAGUCAGCCUGUUAGUCUGUCAGACUGCUGCGUCUGGAACAUCUGAGGCAGCAGCCUGCUGCAGCCCAGCUAGCAGGAUGAAGGUCCACUGGUGGAGCUGCAUGUUGGGAUUACUGUGCAUGCCCACUGAGGUCAUGCUCAGCAUCUGGACAGCUUCUCAAAAUCCAUCAUCUGUCUCUUAUAAGAGAGUCAACUCAUCUGCUAAGAUCACAUGCUCCACAUCCUUGUCUGACCCGUUGGGGGUUUACCUGUACAGACGUUUCCCCAGUGACCAAGACAUCGUGUACCUGGCCUUCACCAGACGACUGAUCACCAAGAAAACUAUAAAUGAACACUUUAAAGACCGAAUCAUUGUGACUGAAGACCAGCAGAUCACAGGGGGUAAUGGGUUCACCAUGCAGUUGUCUCUGCUGGAGCAUGAGGACACCAACUUGUACUACUGCAGCUGGACGUACUUUGAAUCAAAGAGGAGACAAACUCUGUCCAGCAAUGGCACCGUCAUUAUCGUCAGAGAGAGAGACCCCCAGGAACCAUGCAGGGAGCCCGUUUGGGAUUUCACCUUGAUUUUACUGAGCAUUACAGGUUUUAUUGUCGUUCUGUGUCUCUUCAUCGCAGCACUGAUUUGGAGGUGUAGACGAUUUAGAAAUCGCUUCAGGCCUGCCAGAGCUGCAGGACCACCCAGACCUGCCAGACUGGACAGGCCUCAGCACGUCUGUCCUCAGCAGCGACCUCAAUAUUGUCCUUACUUAAUCACAUCUACAAACACUUCAGACUUCAGGGGAAUUUUGUAAAAAUGAAAUCUGAUGCAAAUCAGAUGAUGAGAUGUGAUCAUUCUUUGUUAAAAGCUGUAAAAUCUCUUCACGGUAAACUUAUCACUCAGAGGUGUUUGAGACAGAUUCUGAUCUUUGAAGGCAAUAGCUUGUCUUGUGCUGUGCUGACUGUCAUUUCCUUUCAUAUACAAAUUUGUGUUUUGUUUGCAGAAAAGUGACUGAGCUACCACAUCCUGGCUCAUGUAGGGUGAACAGGUGUGAUGCCUGUGAACAGUGUUGGUGAAGAAAAAACUGCAAAGGAAGCAAUUUGACUAUUUGUUGUGAUGUAACACACUUUGUCUUGACCUGUUCAAUUGUUCUUGUUUCUUUCAUGUCCAAGAAAGAGACAUGGAGCUUUCUAACAAAUGUGUACCAUGCAUGAUUUGAUAUGUGCAUUAAAUCGUAGCAUUAAAAUUUUA